CUGAGCAGUCUUUUUGUGUAUUCCAUGUGUGUUUCGCCUUGUUUUGCUGCAACGAUGUUUUCUGUGAAAACACUGGUUUUAUUUGUUGCAUUUGUCAUUAAGUGCUGUACAAACGGACAGACUGAGUCUCCGACAUGCUACAACAAGUUUGAAUACGAGUACCAUGUUCUUGAGAAGCUUCUUACAUUGGAACAAGGCGAGCUUGAUCUUUCCAAAGUUAUCAAAGUCUUCGCUGCAAAGUUCGAAGAACAAAACCGAAUAAUUGACGCUUUGAACGCUUCUAUCCAUGAGCGUCUAUCCGACGGAUCCACGUAUAUAAGAUGGGGAAGAUCAGCCUGUCCUGCCGAUACAGGAGCUGAACUGAUCUACGAAGGCUACGCCGCCGGUGGCCAUUACUCGCACCCGGGAGCUGGGACAAAUAACCUUUGUUUGCCGAGAGACCCACAGUGGGGUCAGGAUGCGACAACUGGAUCACGAAACCUGAUAUACGGCACUGAAUAUGAGACACCAGGAACGUUCAUGAGCGCAGUUCAUAACCAUGAUGUCCCUUGUGCAGUUUGCAGGACGCCGGCUUCGAACGUCUUGAUGAUUCCAGCAAAACUCGAGUGUCACGAUGGCUGGAAAAAAGAGUACAACGGGUAUCUUAUGUCCGGCUAUUACAACUAUGCUGCUGCAAAAGAGUAUGCAUGCGUGGACAGUGAACCUGAGGCUUUAGACGCAGGCCAUGAGAACAAGAAUGGUGCCAUGUUUUAUCUGGUUGAAUCGGUCUGCGGGGCGUUGGAAUGUCCGCCUUAUACAAAUGGAAAGGAGCUAACAUGUGUUGUGUGCACUUAUGGCUCUUAAAAUACGAUUUGAACUGUUUAUCCCCCUUGACAUAACAUAUAAUUUAUGUAUUUUCAUAUUCAAUUUAAACAGAACACAGUUUGCAAAACUAUGAAAAUUAUACUAUAUAUGAUUAUUUUGUUUUGAAGCUCAAACGUGUUAUAGUUGUAUCGGAAAGCGGUACAUGAGACAGUAAGUAACACCAAUUGUGUAUUUUGUGAUCACUUAUAGGAUCAAGAAAAAUAGGUAUAUUAAAUGUUCUCCCCUUUGAAAGCGUACCUUUAUAUAAUAGUUAUAUCUUUAUUAACGAAGCAGCAGACUGUCAACAUUCCGGCAAUAAACACAAUACAACCGGAUGUUGGUGCGUGCACACGGAUGAGUAGGGCCGACUCUAUUCAGUUGUUGACUCCGACUCGGAUAAGCGAAGUUUGAAUGGUUUUCCCUGAUUUUCUUCCAACUUGAAAACACA